AUGAGCCGGAAUCUUGACCAAAUAGACAGCCUCCUUUCUCGAAGCCAGCACUGCCUGAAAAAAAUGGAGGAAGCCUCUACCAAGAUCGGGUUAAUUGAAGCAACUAUCGAUGAUGUUAGAGAAGACAUAGACAGGGAUACCACGAGGGCUCUUACUAACAAGAAAAACUGUUCCUUAGUGAGGGGCUACGAGGAUGAGCCCUUCGCAGAUGGCAUCCGCGGGGCCUACUACAAUAACCCUACAUUCACCGGAGCGCCAGCAGCUUUCAGAACGGACAGUGCGCUGGAUCUGGUGUUUUCAGGAAAGGGACCAACUUCAGAAGUGUCCUCCAACAAUUUUUCAGUCAAGUCUGAUUGUGGAGUCAGAAUGUUCCUCGGCGAUGAAGCGAUCAUUGUUGACAGGAUGCCACCACCAGCUGCGGGCGAUGCUAUUUCCGAAAAGCCAGUCCCUAUCAUUCCAACGAAAGAAAAGACGGGGGUCAUGAGGACUGAGUCUGCGAUGGUGGAACUUGUUGGCGGGCAAAAGUACAGAAUCCGCGUUGAAAUGGUCCACUCGAGCCAUUUAAAGUACCUAAAUCCCAACAGCGCGACGAUCCGGCUGCUGUGGCGAAAUGGCUCAGAUGGAGAAGAAGUGAUUCCCACAAGCCACUACUACACCGGAAACGCGAGGCCUCCUGUAAAGUUCUCUGGUUUGAAUCCGAAGCAGUUCGAUUUGGGAUUCUUGAGUGACGGAGAGAGAGCAUUUGCAGAUAGCGACCAGUAUUUCAUUGCUGAUGUGCCUCUGCGAUACGAAGGACGCCGCUUUCUGAGGACUCUAGCGGAGCCGAACAUGGAGGAGUUCUCUAUUGAACUGAACAUACCUGCCACAAUAUACAUUGCCUCCCCGAUAGAUGAAGGAGUUCCCGUUGCCCCGGGGGAAGGUUCUUACUGGAAAACACAUGACACAGAGGAAAUAAUAUCAGUGCUAUUUGGUGUCACCGGCAUGGGACGCGCGCUUGAAUCAAGGGCAAUGAGGAUACGGUUCAUAUCACUCCGGGAGCAGGGGAAGCUAUCAUUCAAACUCCGCCAGAAAGGAGUUCCGUUCUUUAUCUUUGCUGAAGAGAAAAAGGAAGGAGCCUUGUCUUGCGGAGGCGAGGAGGAGGUUCUGUCUCUCAUAGGAGGCAACACCUACGCUAAUUGCUCUGCUUCGUCUGAAGAGUCCGACGUCUACGGCUGUGCAGCGGGACUAAACGGAAAGCAUAUGGAUCAACCUAACGGAACGUGGCACACACUUGGGGGAAACGGCGUGGGCGAAUGGAUGGUAGUCAAAUUCAGGAAACAAGUUCAGAUUACACACUUUCGCUUCAAGCCCCGUGACGAGGCUGUAAACUGGCCAUCGGAGAUCACUCUUUCGUACUCUGAGGAAGGCGACGAAGACUCAGAAGUCGUCCCAAUUCGCCACACAUCCGAUAUCGAACAGAACACGUACAAGCUAGCGCGGCCGGUCAUUACCGAUUACGUUAGGGCUGAGAUCACCGAGAUGUUUGUGAACGGAGAAGAUAGCGGUGGCUCCUUCGAGUUCUUGGGCACUUCUUGUAGUACCGCGGAAGACGCGAAGGAUGCACAGGCGGAAAUUCCUCGAAUCAUGCUCGAGGCAUGCGACGCAACAGUGGAAUCGAUCCCGGAGAUUUUGCCUCUUGAAGAAGGCGACCGGUUUGUUGCGGUGUGUCCGCAGCACUGUGUGAAGUCACUAGAAGGUGCUGCAUACGGUAACGGAGUCUACGCGCCGGGAUCAACCCUGUGCACAGCGGGUGUUCACGCCGGUGUCUGUGAUGGCACGGAAGUGGCGUGCGAGAUCCUGGUGACCAUUGGAGGGCCGAAAAACGUCUUUAAAGGGACUAGGAACCACGGGGUCGCUUCACGCCCGAGCGGGCCAACAGACGCGUCUGUGAAGCUUUCUAGGGCACCUUGUCACACGCCCUCCGCGAUGCCAAUAAAGUACUUCAUCUCGUUUGGUGAACAAGCGGCACCAGAGGGCUGGAACGUGGACGAUGGUAGCAUAAAACAGUCACAUGACGGCAUUGUUUAUGGCUGGUGGAGAGAAGCUCCCACGAAGUCUUGUUCGGGUCAAAACCUCAGCCAUUUGAGCUCACGAGGUGUCUCCUUUCCCGUACCGAUAGGGUCUCAGCGGUGCCCACUGGGCGCGGACUGCGCACCAAAUUUCUGGUCCGUGAUCCUCCCCGAAAACGGCACCUACCGCGUGGUUGCGCAGGUGACGGGUCCAUGCGACGGGUCCACUGAUGGACAUGUGUAUCUUCAAGCGAACGGCAUCUCACUCGCAUCCGGACAAGUGGUCCCAAAAGGCUUGAGCUAUGGGGCUAUCGCUGCUAUCCCUGUUCGAGACCAUGUGAUCACCUUGACGUCCACUUGCACAACACAGUUAUGUCCUGACACGAGCACAACCAUUCUCAAUAUUGAGAUUGAAAAGGUUACUCAGGAAGCUGCUUGA